AUAAAGUUUUAGGAAGAUAAUGGAAUCCACUGUUUGUUUAUUGUGCUUAAAGCACAAAGAACCCCUGAAAGUGUCUAGCACAGCAUUCGAAACAGAUGUCAUCAAUACCAUCACGCUGCACUUCUGGUUUACCAAUGAAAUCGCACAGAAGCACUUCGUUUGUAACGAUUGCUGGAAACAAGUGGACGAGUUUGAUAAGUUUUACAAGGAAGUAGAGUUGAUACAUGAGACGAGGUAUUGCAUCGAGGUUUCUGUAGAAUGCCCUAAAUCAUCAACCAAUGUUCAGGAAGUGUACUGGGAUGAUGGGUCUGAUGCGGACGACAUAGAUGAAAAAAUCGAAAGAAUAUUCGAUGUUGUGCAAGAACAGCACCAGAAGAAAUCAUGUGUCGAUGAUUUACCAGAAAAGGAUGACAUGGAUUCUUUUGAUGCUAAACAGAAUGGCACGUGUAAUGAAGUUCACCAAGGCACCAUGUUAAAGGAAUUUGUAUCUAUUGAUGUAAGCGAUGCGCUUGAUGAAGGACAUUUUUACCCAAAGCAUUCGUUUGGCCUGUCUGAUAUCGAGGAUGAGCCAUCAGACACCGAAAUCGGAAUAUCACUUGACACACAUGACAAAAUCCUGAGCAAACAAUGUGAAACUCCGGCGUUAACUCCGGUUCCGGAAAACACAUCCUACAAAUGCCAAUCGUGCGAUACAAUUUUUGUGAAAGAAUAUCAGCUCAAUGCUCACGAACAAUUUUGCAAACGUUACACGUGCAUAGAUUGUGAGCUUGUUUAUUCCAAUUUAAAAGAAUUCAUUUCGCACCGAAAACACCAUAAGCCAACAAAGAGAAACAAUCCAGAACAAGAUGGGGAAUCGUAUCAAUGUACGGACUGCUCGAAAUGUUUCCCAACCGAAGUGGCUGUAGACAGGCACAUAGCAAAUGUCCAUUAUGCUCCAAAAUUGUUUAUCUGUGACGUAUGUUCAAAAUCAUUCCGACAAAAGAAGAAUUACGAUUAUCAUAAAAGAGUGAUACACUUGAAGCAGUAUACUCCUGUAGAGUGUGAUAUAUGUAAAAAGUGGCUAAAAGAUGCUUGUUACUUAAGAGAGCAUAAGGCGAAAUGUCACAGUAUAAAAAAAUGCGUUUGCAGUACAUGUGGCAAGGAAUUCUUGAAAACCGCCAAUCUCAAAAAUCACAUCACACGCGUUCACAACGCAAACAAGCUUUUGUGCAGCAUUUGCGGAAAAAGUCUCUCUAGCAAAAACAAUUUAAAGGAGCAUAUGUUCUCGCAUACAGGCGAUUAUUUGUACACAUGUCCAUACUGUCCAAAACAGUUCAACUCGCAUUCCAAUAUGACUACGCACAGGAAAAAAAAGCAUCCUUUGGAGUUCCAAAAAGCAUAUGAUCAGUAUAAAAACCGAUAUAAGCCAUUGCAAACAAUAGAAGUGGGGGAGCACACCGAUAGCUAGAAGAAUUGGCAAAUUAGGAUCAAACUCUAGUACAGAAUGAAUCCGAAGAUUUUGUAUUCUUUCCGUAAAUGGCGGAUGAAUCUUCUUCGUCAAUUAAUUCGUCUCGGAAUGCUGCCUUCGUCGAUUCUACGGUGUCACUUUAUCAGUUAGGAUUUUACUAGUUUGUGGCAGUUGUAGUCCGAAAAAGAACUAUUCUACGAAAGUCACCGAAAAAGAACUAAGUCUACGUAAUGAUCAUCCGAAUGGCGAUAAAAAAAGCAUCAGGAAAACGGGAAUGAACUUUGGAAGAUCAGUAAAUGGUGAAAUAAUGAAACCCUCAA